AUGGUAAACAUGUCUCAACAAGAUCCAGGGCAGUACAGCCCCGUCGACGCAUUCUUCAUCGGCCCAAAGGCCUCGAACCUGCCCGACUUCAGAGCAAACAUCAACACCAUCCUCGAUGAACUUCUAGAGGCCAGAUUGAACUACUUCCCCGAAGAUGGAAAAUUCAUCUCCAGCGAAGUCCGGCGCUCUGAGGAGUUCCAAAAAGUCCGGGACAAGUUCAGCCGCGCGGUGCGCAAGGCCGCUCAGCUUCUGGGGGAGCACUCGGCGCCCUUCUGGUCGCCGCGGUACGAAGCCCACAUGUGCACCGACCUCACCAUGCCCUCCUUGCUGGGCUACUUCAUGACCAUGCUGUACAACCCCAACAAUGUCGCGCUGGAGGCCAGCCCCAUCACCACCUUGGUGGAGCUCAAGGUCGGCAAGCAGCUGUGCAACCUGUUCGGAUACAACUGCGAGGUGACCAACUCGCCCGACAUUCCCGUAGGAUGGGGCCACAUCACCUGCGACGGCACGGUCGCGAACCUUGAGUCUAUCUGGGUCGCCCGUAACCUCAAGUUCUACCCGCUUGCCGUGGCCCAAGCCAUGCGCCACGGCGGCCUCAAGUUCAUAGCCGGAAAAUUCAAGGUUGAGCCGUGCAAGCUUGGCUCCGAGGAGAAACUGUUCAGCGAACUUACCACGUGGGAGCUCCUCAAUCUCCGACCCGAAACCGUCCUGGGCCUUCCGGAGAAGCUCAACAGCGAGUUUGGAAUCUCGGGCACAUAUCUGCAGGACACGCUGCAAGAGUACAACAUCCAAACGGUGGGCCGCAGACCGUUGGAGGACGAGUUCAAGAUUGAAAAGGAGGGCAAGUAUCUCAUUGGCACGAGCCGGCAUUACUCUUGGCCAAAAACCGCAGCAAUUGCUGGCCUGGGCUCGGGAAACAUCAUUGGAAUUCCCGUCGAUAAUGCUGCUCGCGUUGAUAUCAAGGUGCUGGAGGAAAAGUUGCUCGAGUGUGUCAAGUCGGAUACGGCUGUAUAUGCCGUGGUGGCCGUGGUUGGCUCAACUGAAGAGGGCGCUGUCGACAGGCUUACCGAGAUUAUAAAGUUGCGUAACAAGUUUCGGGAUGAACACGGCCUUUCGUUUCUUGUCCACGCUGAUGCCGCGUGGGGGGGUUACUUUGCCACCAUGUUGCACCGACACGACGACAAGCCGGUAAAGUGCAAGUUGGGGCAUCACGACGUCUCCGAGCCAGCGGAUGAUGAAAGCCCUGGUCGGGAGCUGGUUCCGGCCCUGGUGCUGAAGGAAUCCACUGAGGAGGACCUCUUGGCUCUUGGAGACGCCGACUCCAUCACGGUCGAUCCGCACAAGGCAGGGUAUAUCCCGUAUCCUGCUGGAAGUCUGGUCUACCGUGACGGCAGGAUGAGGCACUUGGUGACAUGGUCAAGCCCAUAUUUGUCCCAAGGAUCCGCCGAAAACAUCGGCAUCUACGGGGUUGAAGGCAGCAAACCCGGGGCAGCAGCCAUGUCGACGUGGUUCUCCAACCAAACCAUUGGCCUCAAUCCGAGAGGCUAUGGCAGGCUCCUCGGCGAAGCAGCCUUUACAAGCGGCAGGAUUUCCGCCUACUACGCCACAAUGGACAACGACUACUUCACAUGCGUCCCCUUCAACAUGCUACCAGCUGAAGAGGACGGCUCCAAGUUGUUUGACUCCCCGGAAGUCCUCAAGCAGAGGCAGUGGAUUCGAUCCAAUAUUCUCCACAAAACCAACGAGCAGAUCAUCAAGUCGCCUCAAGCCAUGGACAUGAUUCGCAAACUAGGCUCCGACUCAAACAUCAACGCCUUUGCCAUCAACUGGAAGUACCGGGACCAGACCCUGAACAAGGACCUCGACGAAGCAAACUACCUCAUGAAGAGAGUCGUCGACAGACUAUCAAUCACAUCAGCCAACACGGAUCCCACCAAGAUUCCCAUGUUUCUGACCUCUACCAAGUUCGCCCCUGAGGACUACGGCGAGUGCGCCCAGACCUUCAUGCAGAGGCUCGGUCUGGACAAGUGCCAGCAAAGCCUGUUUGUGCUCCGCAAUGUGGUCAUGAGCCCAUUUCCCACGCAGAUGGACUUCCUGCAGAAGCUCAUGACCAAGUUUGAGCAAGUCGUCAGAGAAGAAGUCGAGGUGCUUCGGGAACGAAAUACCCCCGGUUACGAAAUAGAGUUUCUUGUGCAAGCGCCGCGGAAGCUGGAAGCUGCCGAGGUGUAUCUGGUGUUUCAAACCUCGUUCCAUAGUGCCACCCGUCGGCAGCAGCUCAUCGUCUCUGCCACCAUGGACAGCACCCUGACCAAAUAUUACAACCGUCUCGUUGAAAACGACGCCUCGGAUGCUGUUUUCAUCAGAUCGACUAGCCAGCGGGAUGUUCAAGAGGAUGAGAACUCCCUCCGCCAAGGCAAGACGAUUAAACUGCAGGUGGCCAUGUAUCGAGGUAGUUAUGAAUCCGAUACCCAGAUUGGCCAGGUAACUCUGAAAUCCGUCAUAAAGAGUCGACCGCUCAACACGGCCAACCAAGACCAGGUCUACCCAUCCGACUAUGUCCCCUUCUACCUGUACGGCGCAGGAGAACAGAAGCACAUUACUCACAUGCUGGUCAGGAGCCCCAAUAUAGCUCUCUGCGGCAGCAAUGUUUCAUUUUCUGCCCCGCUGCCCGAAGAAGUUUCCAAGAUGCUGCCCAAAGGCUUGAUUCUCACUCUGUCAGAGAUCCCCGAGGCAUCCAAGCAGCCUUUGCCCGUGGUGAACAAUCUUCUUCCCAAGAACUUCUUCUUUGGUCCGAGGAAAUCGUUCCAGGUGGACAUUUGGGAAGACCCCAACGAGGCGCAGAGCCAGGGGCCGGGGUUGCUGGAUGACUUGACGAACAAGCUAUAUACCGGGACGAUGAAUCUAAGCGAGAUGGUGCUGGUUGACGCACAGGGGCCGAACAAAGAUAAGUUUGUGCGCGUGACUGUGGACCCGGAUUCGUGGCAGAAGGAGUUGGAUGCCAUAGCAGAUGUUUUGAGCGGCUCGUGA